AUGUCGGACUUCCUCCGUAGAGCAUCCGACGCCUUUCAUCAUCGCGAUCGCCAAGGUUCAGCUGGCAGCGUAGGUUCGACGGACGCGCCCGAGUCCCCAGGUGCAGCAAAGUCACCCACGUCGCCUGAGCAGGACUCGAUGAAUCAGAAGUCCCAGUCUACUCAGCCUACUCAGCCAACAACGAAUUUUGAACCUUCUGCUGGUAUAGCAAGUGGUAAUACUGCCAAUACCGCUAGUCCCAAUAGUCAACGCCGCCAUUGGGGCUGGCCACACAAGAAGGGUGGCAAGCCCGAGACAAAACAGCCGAGUUCCCAGGAGCAAAAGGAUACUGACUGGAUUAUCGGAACGUAA